UAAGCACUGAGCGGCUUUACUCUUCCAAAUCAGAGCAACCAUUCCUAACCGUCCUUUAGCUCAAACAGCUUUGUUACUUGAUUUUCAGAGCAAGAAUGAGCAUAACGGCGAUGGGUUUUUCACUCAGAACUAACCCCUCUAUCUGCUUCACUCAAAACCCACCAAAACCCACCUCCAAACCUAGGUUUCUAACCAUUAGAUGCUCCAUCCCACUCUCCUCUGACGGUGCCGCCACUGGGUUGGCGGAGAGGCCAUGGAAGGUAGCGGAUGCUAGGCUGGUUCUUGAAGAUGGUUCUAUUUGGAGGGCUAAAUCCUUUGGUUCCUCUGGAACCCAAGUUGGUGAAGUGGUUUUCAACACUUCUUUGACAGGGUAUCAGGAGAUUCUAACUGACCCUAGUUAUGCUGGUCAGUUUGUCUUGAUGACCAAUCCACACAUCGGCAACACGGGAGUAAAUUUUGAUGAUGAAGAAUCGAGGCAGUGCUUUCUUGCCGGUUUGGUGAUCAGAAGUCUAAGCAUUAGUACUUCCAAUUGGAGAUGUGUUGAAACCCUCGGUGAUUAUUUAGCAAAAAGAAAUAUUAUGGGAAUUUAUGAUGUUGACACACGUGCUAUCACCCGGAGACUGAGACAAGAUGGAAGUCUUAUUGGUGUUUUGAGCACAGAACAAUCUAGAAGUGAUGAAGAACUUUUGAAAAUGUCACGUUCGUGGGGCAUUAUAGGUGUCGAUUUAGUCAGUGGUGUUACCUGUGAUGCCCCUUAUGAGUGGGUGGAUCAAACAAAUUCAGAAUGGGACUUCAACUCGGGUACAAGAGAUCAAGAGACUUAUAGAGUCGUUGCCUAUGAUUUUGGAAUCAAACAUAAUAUACUUCGACGCUUAGCUUCUUAUGGUUGUAAAAUCACUGUCGUCCCAUCCGCCUGGCCAGCAGCAGAAACCCUUAAGAUGAAGCCAGAUGGGGUUCUUUUCAGCAAUGGUCCGGGAGAUCCAUCUGCUGUUCCUUAUGCUGUUGAAACUGUUAAGGAAAUUUUGGGAAAAGUUCCUGUUUUCGGAAUUUGCAUGGGCCAUCAGUUACUUGGGCAAGCUUUGGGUGGUAAAACCUUUAAGAUGAAGUUUGGUCACCACGGAGGAAAUCAUCCUGUUCGCAAUCUCCGUAAUGAUCGUGUAGAGAUUAGUGCUCAGAAUCACAACUAUGCGGUCGAUCCAGCAUCGCUCCCUGAUGGUGUAGAAGUGACUCAUGUUAAUCUUAAUGAUGGAAGCUGUGCUGGUCUAGCGUAUCCCGCUUUAAAUAUAAUGUCUCUUCAAUACCAUCCCGAAGCAUCUCCAGGACCUCACGAUUCAGACUGCGCAUUCAGAGAAUUCAUAGAGCUUAUGAAGUCAGCAAAACAAGCUGCUUGAAGGGAUUCCACAACAUAUUGGAAUUGUGUGGUUAAGGUGCGGUCGGUAUCUUGCUUUGUCUGGCUAUGGAACAAUUCUUUGUGAAAAUGGUUAAUAGAUAAUUCGAAUGUAAUGUGUUUGAACAUCAUGUAUCUCCUUUGUAGCUUUAGCAUUAUAUUAUCUUGUACUAAAGGUGAGGCGGCAUCAUCAUUUGCCUUCGGUGGGAGUAGAAACCUGGUGUUAUGGUUGCCAAUAAGAGCUUUCUCAAGUGGA